AUGAGUUACGCGGCCUAUAAAGUUGUCCACCCGCCGACCGGCGUCACAUGCUGUGCGUCUGGGUUCCUUACUCGCUCCGCGGCCGCCGAGCCUCUGCCGAACCUGAUCGUCAGCCGCGGAAAUGUCUUGCAAGUGUUUUCGGUGCGAAGCGACGUGGUGCGCGGGGAGGCGGAGGAGGGGGAGCGGAAAGGGGAAGCGGGGAAAGACGGGGGAAGUCGCAAUGAUGCAGGAAACAGCGUUCUUCCUGGAGCAACGCUGGAUGUUGUCUGCGAGUUCAGGCUGAACGGAGUGGUAGAGAGCAUAGCGGUCGUGCCAGGCGCGGCAGCAGCUGACGCAGCAGGCUGGGUGGGGACUGGGGGAGGUGGAUCUAACUCCACGGGUGGUGGGGGAAAAGGAGCAGGGCGAGGUGCGGCAGGGGGAGAGGGGGGCGGGAGAGGAGGGAGAGGGAGGGGGGGACGGCAAUCGGGAAGGAGAGAAGGAAGAGGUGGUGCAGGGAGCGCAGGGGACCCGAGUGCAGCACAGGGUGCUACUGGUGGUGGCAUUGGCAGUGGAAACAGCAGCGUUUGUGGUAGUGGCAGCGGCAGCGGCAGUGGCGGCAUGGGGUACAGUGGUCGCAAGGAUGCGUUGGUGCUGACGUUUCGAGAGGCCAAAGUGUCCGUGGUGGAGUUUGAUGAUGCGGUGCAGAGGCUCAAAGUCAGCUCCCUGCAUUACCUCGAAGGGCCUGAGUGGACGGCCCGAAAGCGGGGCAGAGAAAACUUUCCGCUCCCGCCCAUCGCGCGCUCCGAUUGGUCGGGCAGGUGCUCUGCUGUGCUGGUGUACCGCUGCCACCUGCACUUUCUCACUCGCAAGCAGCCAGGUCACACCCAGACAGGUCACAACCAUCCAGGCAACACAGAGACAGGUCCAGAUGCUGCCCUCAUCUCUCCCACAACCCAACGUUCUGCUUCCUUCAAGGGAGGCUUGGACCGUUCAACCUCAUUCCGAGGAGGCUCGGCAGGCGAGGCUCCCAGGUUUGGCGGCUCGUUCACUAUCGACUUGCGCCCCCUUGGGAUCUCCAAUGUGCGGGAUUUUGUCUUCUUGUCCGAGCCUGGAGACCCGAUCGUAGCAGUGUUGUGGGAGGAGGGCAGCGCGUGGGCGGGGAGGCUGGGAGGGUCAUCCCCCGCUGUUCUAGAGGCCCGCUUCUCCUGUGCUGUCACCUUUCUGCGAGUGUCCCUGCACACCCGCUCACAUCUCAUACUUGGGACCACCAAGUCUGUUCCCCGCCCCCUUCCCCAAAACCUCUUCCCCUCUCCCCUCCCGCUCCCUCCCUCUCCCCUCCCGCUCUCCUCGCUCUCCCCCCCUUCUCCCCCCACACUCCACCGUUCUUGCAGCAUCUCCCCUUGGACGCCUACGCGCUCUUCCCGGCCCCCUUCCCCCUCUGGAGUGGAGCCGGCUCGUCCUCCCUCCCCACUCGUGUGUUUUGAGUCGACUCAAAACACGCCCCCUUCCCCCUCUGGAGUGGAGCCGGCUCGUCCUCCCUCCCCACUCGUGUGUUUUGAGUCGACUCAAAACACGCCCCCUUCCCCCUCUGGAGUGGAGCCGGCUCGUCCUCCCUCCCCACUCGUGUGUUUUGAGUCGACUCAAAACACGCCCCCUUCCCCCUCUGGAGUGGAGCCGGCUCUUCCUCCCUCUCACUCUUUCCACCCUCUCACCCUUUCCACCCUCUCACUCUUUCCACCCUCUCACCCUUUCCACCCUCUCACCCUUUCCACCCUCUCACCCUUUCCACCCUCUCACCCUUUCCACCCUCUCACUCUUUCCACCCUCUCACUCUUUCCACCCUUUCACCCUUUCCACCCUCUCACUCUUUCCACCCUCUCACUCUUUCCACCCUCUCACUCUUUCCACCCUCUCACCCUUUCCACCCUCUCACUCUUUCCACCCUCUCACUCUUUCCACCCUCUCACCCUUUCCACCCUCUCACUCUUUCCACUCUCACCCUUUCCACCCUCUCACUCUUUCCACCCUCUCACUCUUUCCACCCUCUCACCCUUUCCACCCUCUCACUCUUUCCACCCUCUCACCCUUUCCACCCUCUCACCCUUUCCACCCUCUCACCCUUUCCACCCUCUCACCCUUUCCACCCUCUCACCCUUUCCACCCUCUCACCCUUUCCACCCUCUCACUCUUUCCACCCUCUCACCCUUUCCACCCUCUCACUCUUUCCACCCUCUCACCCUUUCCACCCUCUCACCCUUUCCACCCUCUCACCCUUUCCACCCUCUCACCCUUUCCACCCUCUCACUCUUUCCACCCUCUCACUCUUUCCACCCUUUCACCCUUUCCACCCUCUCACUCUUUCCACCCUCUCACUCUUUCCACCCUCUCACUCUUUCCACCCUCUCACCCUUUCCACCCUCUCACUCUUUCCACCCUCUCACUCUUUCCACCCUCUCACCCUUUCCACCCUCUCACUCUUUCCACUCUCACCCUUUCCACCCUCUCACUCUUUCCACCCUCUCACUCUUUCCACCCUCUCACCCUUUCCACCCUCUCACUCUUUCCACCCUCUCACCCUUUCCACCCUCUCACCCUUUCCACCCUCUCACCCUUUCCACCCUCUCACCCUUUCCACCCUCUCACUCUUUCCACCCUCUCACCCUUUCCACCCUCUCACCCUUUCCACCCUCUCACCCUUUCCACCCUCUCACCCUUUCCACCCUCUCACCCUUUCCACCCUCUCACCCUUUCCACCCUCUCACCCUUUCCACCCUCUCACCCUUUCCACCCUCUCACCCUUUCCACCCUCUCACCCUUUCCACCCUCUCACUCUUUCCACCCUCUCACCCUUUCCACCCUCUCACCCUUUCCACCCUCUCACCCUUUCCACCCUCUCACCCUUUCCACCCUCUCACCCUUUCCACCCUCUCACCCUUUCCACCCUCUCACCCUUUCCACCCUCUCACCCUUUCCACCCUCUCACCCUUUCCUCCCUCUCACUCUUUCCACCCUGUCACCCUUUCGUCCCUCAAAACAUUUCCACCUCCUCCACACCGCCCCACCCAGCCCCUUCUGGUUCGGGCCACCGUGCAGGCUUCGGGCAUCCUCAGCCUCGGCCCGAACCUGCUGUUCGUGGCCAGCAGGCUCGGCGACAGCAUGCUCAUUCGCUACCGAGCCAACGAGCACGGACUGGAGAAGCAGCGAGGGGCCAAGCGCUUGAAAGCAGACGAAGCCUCUGAUGGCGAAGGCACUGCUGCAGCUGUUCCUGCAGCUCCUGCUGAUGCAGCUGCUGGUGCGGAGGAGGACGAGGAGCAGGGGCAGGAGGGCUUCUCCUUCCGUGUGUGCGACUCGCUGCUCAACAUCGGCCCCAUCCGAGACCUCGUGCCCGUCCCAGCAUUCCCCACGCCCACUUCCCAGCAGCAACAGCAGCAGCAACAGGAAGUGGGAAAGCUGCAGAUGCUAGUGGCGUGCAGUGGGCAUGGGAAGAACGGUGCGCUGUCGGUGCUGCUGCAGCGAGUGCCACUGGACGUGCUCACACAGGAGGAUCUUCCUGGCUGCUGCGGCCUGUGGACUGUCUAUGGCUCGGAUCUGCCUUCUGAAGCCAGGGAGGGAGGAGAAGAUGGGCAGGCAGCAGCAGGCGGGGCAGGAGGGACAGCCGUAGAGGGGGAGGGAGCAGGAAAGGGAGGUAUAGGAGGGGUUGAGGGCGGUGAGCAGGGGUGUGGAGCAGGUGCUAUGGAGGUGGAGGGAGGGAGUGGGGUGGGGGGUGGAGAAGGUGGGAAGGGAGAUAGAGGCAGCAGUUACCAUGGGUUCCUUGUGCUGGCGUUUGAAGGGCAAAGCAUGCGGAAGGCAGUUUCAUCACACACACGCCCACCCACCGUCAUAGCCACCAAUCUCUUCUCUCUCCUGGUCCCUCCUGCCCCUUCCCCCCUUUCCUGCUUCCCCCCCUCAGGUGCUAGAAACAGUGAGCUGCUUCGGGAGGUCCUAGAAACAGGUGAGUUGCUUCGGGAGGUCUCAGCAAAGGUGCUAGAGACAGGUGAGUUGCUUCGGGAGGUCUCAGCGGAAGUCAGCUUUAUCACCGAUGCCCCCACCCUCCUGGCCGCCAAUCUCUUCUCUCGCCGCUGCAUCCUCCAAGUCACUCCCUCUGCCGUCCGAUUGCUCGCCAGCUCAGCCAGCCUGCUGCAGGAGAUGCUGCCACGUGGCAUGGUGGCUGGGAGAGGGCAGGAGGGUUGGGAGGGGAUGGAGGAGGGGAAGGAGGGGGAAGAGGACGUAGAGAUUGAGUCUGCUGACGUGGCGGAUCCAUAUGUCAUGCUGCGAUUGGUGGAUGGCCGAUUCAUUCUACUUGGACCAGGCAGAGGAGGAAAGGAUUCUCUUCCUGUAGGAGGAGAAGCCACAGAUGCAGGUACAGCCGCCGCUACGGCUGCCCCUGCAGCCGCCGUUACAGCCACUGCCACAGCAGGGAGUGAAGCAAUGGAGGUGGAUAUUAAGCCUGGGGAUGCUGAGAAGAAGGCAGUGGGGAAGCAGGGGUCGGGGAAAGUGGGGGUGGGAGGAGAUGAGGAGAUGGUGGUAAAGGAGGAGAGGAGGGAUGGGGAGGGAAAGAAGGAGGCGAAAGAGGGUGAUGUUGAGAUGGAUGGUGGCAGUGGUGCUGGCAAUGGUGUGGGUAAGGGCACAGAUGUCAAAGCAGAGGAGAAUGGAGUGAAAACAGAGGUGAAAGAAACAGAGGGGUCACAGAAAAGAGAGAAUGAUGGAGCAGUAGCAGCAGCGACAGCACACACGCCUGCACCAGUUGCCACCUCAGCACACAUGUCAGCGCCUGAUUGGCCGAAGCAGUUUGUCGUGGAUCUGCACGUGUCUGUCAACCCUGUCACCGGGCGGCUGUUUUUGUUUGUUGUGCUUUCAGACGGGCGGCUGCUGGGCUUCAGAGCGUUCUGCCCCUCGGGAGCUUCCCCUGGAGAUGUGAUUGCAGCGAGUGUGACAGUAACAGGGGAGCGUGGUGUGAAGGUGGGAGGGCGAGCAGGGGGAGGAGGAGGACAUGGGGUGGGGGAGGGGGAACCUGGACGAAGGGCAGGUAGCAUUGGGGUAGGUGGAUUUGGGGUAGGUGGGUUGCGGUUCAAGAGGGUUUGUUUAGAGGAGGAAGAGGCAGGGAUUCAUGAGGUGGAGGGGGAGGAGGAAGGGGAGGAGGAGGGAAAAGGGGAGGGGGCGGUGGGGAGAGGGGCAGGUCCUAGUGGGGGAGCAGGGGGAGAGGGCAGGAUGAAGCAGGAGGGAGGGGGCGAGAAAGGGGGAGGUGAGAGUGGGGGAGGUGAUACUGCAGCAGAAGAGAAGGCGCAGGGAGAGGAGGGUGUGGAGAGGAGCAGGAGGGCUGGGAGGGCGAGAAAGAAAAUGCUGUUUCCGUUUCAAGGGGUGGGGCUGGAGGGGAGUGGAGGAGGGGGUGGAGGAGGGGGGUUUGGUGGGAGGGGUAAGGGGGGUGUUGGUGACAGUGGUGGCAUUGGCGGUGUGUUUGUGGCUGGGAGUAGGCCGAGAUGGCUGAUGCUGCUGCGCGACAGAGUGUGGGUGCACCCUGUGGCGCCUAAAGAACACACAUACCACAUAUGCCUGCCUGCCCAAACACAGGCCGCAGAGGCAGCAUCGAGCGUGGUGGCAAUGGCGCCCUUCCACAACGUCAACUGCACGCAUGGCUUCCUCCUCAUCUCCUCUCUAAACGUGCUCUCCAUCUGCCAGUUGCCCCCGCUCUUCCAGUUCGACAACGCAUGGCCCCUCAAUAAGAUUCCCUUGCGCUCAACCCCCCACUCGGUCACUCUCUCCCCGGACGCAGCUCAUCUUUUCCUCGUCACUUCAACCCCCGUGUCUCGGCCAGUGUCUCAGUUCCUGGUUCCUUCCCUAGAAGACCCAAAAGAUCCAACAACCGCAGCACUAGGCUUGGCCGGACCUGGAGGUCUGGGAGCUCCAGGAUCCUCCGUCACAGACGCCGAAGCAGUAGCUAUGGUUGAGGACUUCCAGCUUCGGGUGGUAACCUGCCCGAGCCUGGAGGCCCCGAGCCGCGCCCUGGAGGUUCGGCAGAGCUUUGAGUUCCAGCCGUUUGAAGCGGUGACAAUGGUGAAGUCAGUGGUGCUGAGGAAUCGCAGCAGUGGGCAGUUACAGACGCUCCUGGCAGUGUGUACGACGUUUAUCACAGGGGAGGACGCACCUGGGAAAGGCAGGAUCCUGCUCUUCGAGUACAACCCACUGGCAACAGCUGAUGGGGAUGGUCCUGCUGCUGCUGGUACUGGUGCAGCCGCAACGGCAGAUGCAGAGGGUAAAGCGGCAGGUGGAAGCAAUGGAAUUCCCUUGCUGAGGGAGCUCUAUUCAAAGGAGCCCAUAGCGGGUAGCAGUCAAAGAGGCAGCGUGGCAGCACUCACGGCACUGCAGGGCAAUCUGCUGCUGGCGGUGGGGCGGCAGCUGGUGCUGUACGCGUGGAACGGGGUGGAACUAGAAGGAAUUGCCUUCCUUGAUGCUCCUCUCUACGUGGUUUCCAUGGCAACGGUGAAGAGCUUUGUGAUUGUAGGGGAUGUGCUAAAGAGCGUCUACUUCCUGCACUGGAGAGAGGAGGGCGCUCAGCUCACCCUCCUCGCACGCGACUUCUCCUCUCUUCCGAUCACAGCCGUCGAUUUCCUCAUCGACGGCUCAGCUCUCGGCUUGCUUGCGGCCGACACAGCCAAGAACCUCCAAGUUUUUGCAUACUCCAAGUCAAUCGAAACACACAUGGGGCAAAAGCUCCUCCUAAAGGCAUCCUUUCACACAGGAGAGGUGCUCUCGAAGGUUCUUCGGUUGCCGCUGCCACCUCCUCUUGCUGCUGCAACAGGAGGAGGAGGGGGAGGAGGGGGAGGGCAGCAGCAGAGGAACCCAGCUGCAGCAGCUUUGGGCCGAACCAACAGAUUCGGCGUGCUGGCAGGGACGCUCGGCGGGGUGAUUGCGGUGGUGACUCCCGUACCGGAGCUGGUGUUUCGAAGGCUGGACACAGUGCAGCGUUACAUGGUAACUGCAGUGGAGCAGACAGCAGGGUUACACCCGCUGGCGUUCCGGGCGGUGCAAGGGCUGGGGAAGGGGCAGCAGCAUUCCGGAGUGGAGCGAAUGAUUGACUCUCAGCUUCUUGCUCAGUAUGCACUGAUGGAGGACAGUCAGCAGCAGCAGCUAGCAGAGGACGUCGGUUCCACUCGUCCCAUGGUGCUGCAGAACCUGCGGGACCUUGCCCACAAUGCCAUGCUCUUCUAG